AUGACGGUGCAGGGCGCGGCGUCCCCGGGUAUGCUCAAGGUGCUCAUAGUGGGCGCGCAUGACCUCGAAAACGUCGCCCCCGACGGCGCCGAGCAGCAACCGUUUUACAUCUUGGAGUGCGGCGCGCAGCGCAGCCGCUCCAAGGCGGCGCGCCGCGGCGGCUGCACGAGCCCGGAGUGGCACACGGCCCACAGAUUUGCGGUGUCGGAUGAGGUGGCGGUCAACGCGGUCAUCAAGGACGAGUUGACCAAGGAGCUGAUAGGGGAGGGGUCGAUCGACCUGGAGAGGGCGCGCGCGACAGGCCGCGACGAGAGUGUCGUGCUGCUCACCACCCACGGCGGCGGCGCCAGGGGUCUCCUGCAGUACAAAAUAAAGUUCGUGGCGGCCGAGGGCAUGGUACCGCCGCCUUCGGCUGCCGCGCCGCCCGCGCGGGGACCCGCGCUCGACCGCCUGAGCCUCGGCGGCGGCGGGCGCUCCUACGCGCAGAGCCUAGUCAGCGACGCCGACGACGGGUCGGUGUCGGUUGCGGCUUCCGCGGCGGAAGCUGCCGACGGGGAAGUCGCGGGGACGCCGGCGUCCGCCCGGCUGCCCGCGGGGCUCGAAGGCGUCGAGCCGCGCCUGCUUCUGCCGAACGGAAGCUGCGCGGAAGCUGCGCCGGACUUGGCCUCCGACCAGGCCGUGCGCGAGGCGGAGGAGCGCGCGUCGCGCGCCAAGGCGGCGCUGCGGCAGCUGACGGCUGAAAUAGAAGAGAUGGUGGCGGGCCGCGGCCCCGGCCGCAGCGGUGGCGGCAACGGCGGCGGCGGGAGUAGCGGCGGCGGGACGGGCACAAGCACGCCGAGCGUUUCGGGGCCGCUGCCUCGCGUCUUGGAGCGCCACACGUUCGGCCGCGCGCCCUUCGGCCCGCUGCAGGCCAGCCAGCCGCAGCAGCAGCAGCACCAGCAGCAAAAGCAGCAGCAGGAGCAGGAGCAGCAGCAGGAGCAGGAACAGCAGCAGCAGCACCUCAAACGCCUGACGCAUGCGCCGGAGGCGCCGCGGCACCAUGCCGCCGGCUCAGAGCAGGCGACAUCCCCGAGCACGGUGCACCGCGCCCUCAACAGCGGCAGCAGCAACAGCGGAUGGGCGCCCGCCUCAACUUCGAGCGCCGGCUCCGACGCCCCCGCCGGCGGGCCGGGCGGCGGCCGAGAGGAUGCAGCGGAGCCAGCGGCGGCGCCGCGGGGCGGCCGCGUUUGGGAGGUCGCCGCCGCCGACGGGCCGCGGCAAGCGCGGCGGUUUGUGCCGUAUGCGCAGCGCGUUGAGCGUGAGCAGCCCACGCAGCACGAGCAGCAGCAGGUCGGGGCCAAGCCGGCGCCAGAGCAGGCGGGGGCGCUUGAGAAAAUUGUGGCGGAGUACGCGAGGAGCGCCGCGCGGCAGCCGCAGGGGCCGGCCGCGCUGGAGGGCGCUGGGAAGCUUCUCAGUCCCCUCCUGCUGGGGGAAGCUCUGGAGGCGGUGCAUGCUGAGAAGACCGCUUUGGAGCAGCAGCUGGCCAACGCGAAGCUGUCAAUGGCGGCGAUGAGUCACCAGCACUGCGAAGACCUCAAGCAGGCCCGCAGCUCUGCGGGGCCCACCCUGUCCGGCGGCGGCGGCGGCGGCGGCGGUGGUCUGGGCUCGCCAGGGGCGCUCGCGGCGUCCGUCCGCGUGCCGGCGCCGCCGGCGUCCCCGGGCCUGCUGUACCGAUUGAUUCGCGCGCCGCGGCCGGCGGCUGCGCCGGGGGUGAAAGAGCCGGUGAAGUGGCCGGCGGCUGCGUCGGACGGGGAGCGGCCCGCGGCGCCGGGGGCGACGCGGAAGCUUGAGGCGCAGGUUGAUCAGCUGGAGCGCGCGCUGGCGGCGCAGACGGCUAGGGUGGAGGCGCAGGCCGCGGAGCUGCGGUCGCUCAGAUUUGAGCUGGAGGCCGCGCGCGCCGCCAGCCGCGACGCGGCGGCGCGCGCGGACGCGGCCGUGCACGACGCCGACGAGCGCGCCAGCAGCAGCAGCAGCAACAACAGCAGCAGCAGCAGCAGCAAUGACAGCGGUAGCGGCAGCGGCAGCGGCAGCGGCAGCGGCAGCGGCAGCGGCAGCGGCAGCGGUAGCGGCAGCGGCAGCACCAGCAGCAGCGCCUGCCAAAGCCCUGGAGACAGGCUAGAGUCCGACGCCCAGGCUGCGAGGGCCGCAGCAAUGCUGGCGACCGUGCGGGGGGAGCUGAGCGCGGCCCGCACUGGUGCAGAGGGCGCAGCCCGGAGGGAGGCGUCCCUGACUUCACAACUGACGGGCUUCAAGACGACGCUGGAGGCUGCGCGGCGCGACAAGGCGCGCGCUGAGCAGCAGCUCGCGUCCGCUGAGGCCCGAAUCAACCGGGAGCGCUCCGAGAUGCGGAUCGACCUGUCGUGCGCACGCGAGCAGGCCGCGCGGCUGCAGAGCCAGGCGGCAGAGGUCGGCGUGCUGCGCCAGCAGCUGGCGGCGGCGCAGGAGGAGCUGCGGGCGCGCAAGGGGCACGCCGACGAAGCAGAGUACCUCCAUCAACAGGUGCGACUGGGCGGCCCCUGCGCGCGCGGCGCUGUUGCAUGUAUAACCAGUGAUGCGCUUGCUGCUCGGGGCUGA